GCAGGGGGAGGUGAGCAGAGCCGAGCAGAGCCUGCAGGCGAGGAGGAGGACGGCGAGAGAGGCCCCGCCCCCGCCUCUCCGAGCCGGCUCCUUACCGCCUCCGAACCCGCUCACUUUGCCUCUCGCCUCUGGACGGCCGCGGGCGGCUGCCGGAUCCGCGGCCGGAGGGAGCGCGGGAGACGGGAAGACAUCCUGCACCGGCGCUUCCUCUAGGCGCCUGCACCCCUCAGGGGGUUGGCGCCGCCGCCUUAGAGAGGGCAACCCAGCUUCGGAGGGGGCAUCCCCAGGGCGCUAGGGGCGGCGGCGCUGACACAGCUUGGUUCCCUGCCAGUGGGGAAAAGCGCUGGCGCUAAGGGGGACUCCCCAGCCAUCUUCAGGUACCGCCAAGCAGAAGGCGCGUCGCCACUAGCGACGGUGGGCUGCUUUAGAGGCUAGAGCCGAAGGGCUCCUGGGCUGGCGAAGGGCAGGAGCGGACUCCCGAGGGAGAGCGGGGCCCCGACGGCGCGCUCUCCCGCCGGCCAAGGGCAGGCAGGCCCUGCGCGGAGGCUGGGGAGCGGCCAGGGUCUCUGGGUUGGCUAGCCAUGACCUUCGGGCGCAGCGGGGCGGCCUCAGUGGUGCUGAAUGUGGGCGGCGCCCGGUACUCGAUGUCCCGGGAGCUGCUGAAGGACUUCCCGCUGCGCCGCGUGAGUCGGCUGCAUGGUUGCCGCUCGGAGCGCGACGUGCUGGAGGUGUGCGACGACUACGACCGGGAGCGAAACGAGUACUUUUUCGACCGUCACUCCGAGGCCUUCGGCUUCAUCCUGCUCUACGUGCGCGGCCAUGGCAAGCUUCGCUUCGCACCGCGGAUGUGCGAGCUGUCCUUCUACAACGAGAUGAUCUACUGGGGCCUGGAGGGCGCGCACCUCGAGUACUGCUGCCAGCGCCGCCUCGACGACCGUAUGUCCGACACCUACACCUUCUACUCGGCCGACGAGCCGGGCUUGCUGGGCCGCGACGAAGCGCGACCUGGCGGGGCUGAGGCGGCUCCCUCCAGGCGCUGGCUGGAACGCAUGCGGCGAACCUUCGAAGAGCCCACGUCGUCUCUGGCUGCGCAGAUCCUGGCCAGCGUGUCGGUGGUGUUUGUGAUCGUGUCUAUGGUGGUGCUGUGCGCCAGCACGCUGCCGGACUGGCGCGCCGCGGCCGCAGACAACCGCAGCCUGGAUGACCGGAGCAGGUACUCCGCCGUCCCUGGGAGGGAGCCCUCCGGGAUAAUUGAAGCUAUCUGCAUAGGUUGGUUCACUGCAGAGUGCAUCGUGAGGUUCAUCGUCUCCAAAAACAAGUGUGAGUUUGUCAAGAGACCCCUGAACAUCAUUGAUUUACUGGCAAUCACACCGUAUUACAUCUCCGUGUUGAUGACAGUAUUUACAGGCGAGAACUCUCAACUCCAGAGGGCUGGAGUCACCUUGAGGGUGCUUAGAAUGAUGAGGAUUUUUUGGGUGAUUAAGCUUGCCCGUCACUUCAUUGGUCUUCAGACACUUGGUUUGACUCUUAAACGUUGUUACCGAGAGAUGGUUAUGUUACUUGUCUUCAUUUGUGUUGCCAUGGCAAUCUUUAGUGCACUUUCUCAGCUUCUUGAACAUGGGUUGGACCUGGAAACAUCCAACAAGGACUUCGCCAGCAUCCCUGCUGCCUGCUGGUGGGUGAUUAUCUCUAUGACUACAGUUGGCUAUGGAGACAUGUAUCCUAUCACAGUGCCUGGAAGAAUCCUUGGAGGAGUUUGUGUUGUUAGUGGCAUCGUUUUACUGGCAUUACCGAUCACUUUUAUCUACCAUAGCUUUGUGCAGUGUUAUCAUGAGCUCAAGUUUAGAUCCGCUAGAUGUAGUAAGAGCCUCUCUGCUGAGUUCCUCAAUUAGUGCAUUGCAAACCAGUUCUUGCACACACCCCAUAGAGAGUUGAUGCUGCUUCAUCUGCGUAUGUUUCUUGCUGGGUGACCACUGCAGCGGCAUUGUCAUCAGCUUGGUGGGUAAAAAUCAUCCUUCCCAGCUGAAAGGAGAAAACAAUUUACUUCUUAUGGAGUAAAUAGAAUUGAGACUGCAAAGGGAGAAUAAAGACGCCUAGAAUAAACUUUAGGACCUUAUUUUUUUUUUACUAAGAUGAGGUUUCGCUGUAUCACCCAAGCUGGGCUCAAGUGGUCCUCCUGCCUCAGCCUCCUGAGUAGGGACUACAGGCGUGUGCCAUCCACUGGGCCUGGUUUCUAGGACUUUAUUUUAUUUAGAUUUGUUUCCUCCUUACCUUGCACAAUUACACAUCAUGUUUAAGUACAUUAUUUGAUCAUUUUAAAACAGAAAGGUACUAUUUUCCAAAUGUUUUCCCAUUUUAGGAAUUCAGAAGAAGCUUGGAACUUACAGUGUUGUUUUUUGUUUGAAAGUAACAUUUUCAUUUCUAAAUGUUUUAUAAUUUCUCAUAUCAAUGUCACAAGUAUCCUGGAAACAUAUGUCACAUGCAGGAACUGUUUAACAAAUACUUUAAAAAAUUGGCCAAAACUUAAAUUGUGUAAUAGAGCUAGAUACAAAGCAAGAAUAGUAUUUGAAAAACUUUCCCAGCAUACUUCACAAUUCUCUGCUUAAUUUUUAUGCCUGUGAUUCACCUUAUCACAUAGCUUCAUGGACGCUUGAAUGUGUUUUUCCUUUUCUUUUUUCUUUUUAUUCAUUUUGUAGAGAUGAGGGCUCGCUAUGUUGCCUAGGCUGGUCUUGAACUCCUGGUCUCAAGUGAUUCUCUUGUGUUGGCCGCCCAAAGUGGUGGGAUCACAAGUGUGAACUACCAUGCCUGGCCACCUUUUCCAUUUUGGAUUUUUUAACUCUCUUUACUGAGAUACUCAGAAAAGUAUUUAAGAAUUAAAGAGAGCUUAUAUUGUUUAGAAUUUAAUUGAAUAAUAUUUGAAUUCAUUGCUGUUACUUGGUGAUAAUUGUCUUCACAUUCAAAUGUCCAAACAAGAAUAUUUCCAACAUAAAAAUGAUAAUAGAAAUAGUUUGAUAUAGCUCAGCACCUGUAGCUCAAUGGUUAGGGCACCAGCCACAUGCACCAAGGCUGGCAGGUUCAAGCCCAGCCUGGGCCUGCUAAACAACAAUGACAACAAUAACAAAAAAAGAAAAAAUAUCUGGGCAUUGUGGCUGGCGCCUGUAGUCCCACCUACUUGGGAGGCUGAGGUAAGAGAAUCGCUUGAGCUCAAGAGUUUGACUUUGCUGUGAGCUGUGAUUCUACAGCACUCUACUGUGGGUAAUAUAGUGAGACUCUGUCUCAAAAAAAAAAAAGAGAAAAGAAAUAGUUUGGUAAAACUCAAUAUUUCAACCUAUAUUUAUCUUCUUCUCUUAACUUCCCCCCGAAAUGCUGUGGCUUCAGUAAGACUUACCAGAUGAAAGGCUAUUUAAGUAGCCUUUUUUCUUUUUCCAUGACUUUUAUAGAGAAGUGUAUUUAUGUAGCUUUUUAAGUGCCAAAGUUACACUUAUGUGUUGUGACUGGACUAUCAUUAAAAGAAGAAAUUAGGUAUUACUAUACUCUUAGUUGCUGUGUAGCUAAGUCAAUUUUAAGCGAGGUAAAAGCAAUGAAUAGAUAAUUAUUUGAUCUGAUCUUCACCAUUGUAAAUCAAAGCUACACCAAAAUACUUUUUGUAAGAAUACUGAAUAAUAUGCCAUAUUAAUCUGGUGAGAUUUUUAGACUAGGUAAUAUAAAAGUGAUGAUUGUUUAGUACUAAAUUUUAGCAACAGGAAUUAGAAUUUUACUUUUUCAUUCAGGUUGCCAUAAAAAUGUCAGUGUAUAAACAUAAAAAAUUAAAGUUGUGGAUUCAUGAAUAAUUUAGUGUUGUACACUGUAAUUUAUCAGGGAUAAAAGAGACACAGGUUGGAAAGUGGUGGGUAAGACAUGGGACCUGGAUAUAUUUAUCAAAGAAAAGGGUUACUUACCAUAAGUUUCAUUAAAGGAAUAUUAGCCAUCAUCUCUAGUUCAAACCUUGACUAUUAUAGGUAGAAAACCAAAGUAAGAGAGGAUUGAUUAUGAAGGAGUUGGGGCUUAAAAUCUGGAUUUCCGGGGUGGCGCCUGUGGCUCAGUGAGUAGGGCGCCGGCCCCAUAUGCCAAGCGUGGCGGGUUCAAACCCAGCCCCGGCCAAACUGCAACAACAACAACAAAAAAAAUAGCUGGGCAUUGUGGCGGGUGCCUGUAGUCCCAGCUGCUCGGGAGGCUGAGGCAAGAGAAUCGCUCUAAGCCCAAGAGUAGAGGUUGCUGUGAGCCGUGUGAUGCCACGGCACUCUACCGAGGGCAGUACAGUAAGACUCUGUCUCUACCAAAAAAAAAAAAAAAAAUCUGGAUUUCCGGAAACCCAGCCCAGAAAUUUAUUCUUCGCACACCUCUGGGUGUUGAGGAAAAGCUUGAGAAAUCACACUUCCUUGUCAUUGUCAGGCCCAAGAUAUAAUAGCAAAGCCCUUUGGUCUUCCCUGAUUACCUUUCCUGAGUUUAUGUGAUAUUUUGUGAUAAAGAUCUUGCCC